AUGAAAGCCUACGUGACCCUUUUGACUAGUGAAAGCUAUGUCCCUGGAGCACUUACUUUGGCUAAGACCUUGAAGCAAUUGAAAACAGAAAACAAGCUUGCUGUUUUAUUGGACCUGUCUUUGAUCUCCGGCCACUCCAUGGCCUUGAUCAACAAGGCUUUCGACGACGUGAUUCAGAUCAAUGAUCAGAAACUCACUGCUCCUCUCGAGAAAGUUGCUGCCAAAUUGGGAAGAGAAGAGCUUGCUGUUACCUACUCUAAGAUCCUCCUUUGGAACUUAGACAAGUAUGAUCAAAUCAUCUACUUGGAUGCAGACACCUUGCCGUUGAACAACUUAGACCAUUUGUUUGACAAGUACGAAUCGCUGCCUGCUACAGAAAUAGUGGCAUCGCCAGAUAUCGGCUGGCCGGACAUCUUUAACUCAGGUGUUCUCAUCUUGAAGCCAAGCAAGCCUGUAUUUGACAAGUUAAUUGAGCACUCCGAGACCCAGGACGCGUCAUUUGACGGUGCUGACCAGGGUCUUUUGAACGAAUUCUUUCAUCUCCAGGACAAGGGACACUCAUGGAAGCGUCUUCCCUUUGUGUAUAACGUCACACCUUCCGCUCACUACCAAUAUAGACCUGCGUUGACGAGAUUUUUCAGCGAGAUCAACCUCGUGCACUUCAUUGGGGGUCAAAAACCAUGGCAGGACAAGUCUGCCGAAAAGGAUCCGUUCCAGCAGUUAUGGUGGGAGAAAUUCAACAGCUUCUUCACCAAGGAGCACGAUCGCAUCAAGCUCUUGUCUACACUCCCAAGCGAGGGCUACAACCUCAAGUUCACUAAAUUGGUGAACGAGUGGGACAAGGUUAAGGAGGAGACGCACUUGCCACAUCUAGACGAGUUGUCAUUAGGUGACGCAACCAAGCUAUUCCCCUGGGAGCACAGAGAACAGUUUGCACCUACACGAGUGUUCAAUAAGGUGGAUGUUGCGUCGGAGACUGGUAGCGUGAAGUCCAAGAAGGUUGCGCUUGAGGAUCCUUCGCCCGCAUCGCAGUCUACGACACAGCCUUUAAACCAAAAGUAUGACCAGUUCACAAACAAGACCAAGUUUGAUCCCGAGCGGUCGUUGGAGGAGGUUUCUCAGAUUCCUCUCAAGAUGUUGAGCAAGAAGAAGUAA